CCCAAAGGUCUUCUAACUGGACGGGACACACGAAUAUUAUUUUAUUUACACAUUUAUACCCAGAAAAACCACUUUAUACAACAAGAAAGACGAGUUUGGACUCACCAUUCUACACCUCAAUCAAUUAACUUGACCCUUAUGAAGUUUUUGGAAAGUUUAGUGGAAUAUUUUGUUGGCAUUGGAAAAAAAGAAAAGUUGCGUGCCUCGAGAAGCCUGAAUAAAAAAUACAAGUUAAAAUAGUUGAAAUUUUGAUAUAAAAGACAGUGGAUAUUCAUAAUACACUUAAAUAUGGCUUCAGUUGUGGUCUGUGCUUUGUUAUUUCGUUGGGUUCUUCCUCUUCUUCUUCUUGGAGCUUCUUGCAUACGAAUUAAUGGUUUCUCAUUCAUUUACUUAUGCUGUUUGCUCAUUAUUCCACUUUUGCCUAAUCCUACGCGAAAAAAUUUUGGACCUUGUGGUCAUACAGGGAACCUUCAGAAAGCCAUUUUAGGUUUAUCUGUUAUUGCUAUUGUGGCUCAAAUUACUUUUCAAAUAGUUCUGGCAGCCAUUCCACCUUAUGGGCAUUUUCUACCUAAUUGUUCAACAUAUGAACAGCUUGCCAGAGAAAUAGGCUUGAAUAGGUUUGAUGCAGUGCCAGCCUACACUGUUGUCCGUUACAUAUUACCAGAUGUAGUUGUCUUCAUUACUUCACUGUCAUGUGUCUUGUGCUGUAAAAGACUGGCUUCUUCUCCUGUUUCUCGUGCUGCAACUCCAAAAAGCCCUCAAAAAGUACUUGCCGUAUCACACGAACCAACCACAACUGAUAAUAUAAUGCCUUACGUAAUGGCUGCCAUGCUUCUAGCAGCUGGAAUUAUUCAACCAUCUGUCAUUUCAGUGAUCUAUUUCGUGACAUUUCUUGGCCUGGGUACGGUAUGGGCCUGCCAUAAAGCUGUGCGACUGCGGCACAGGAAGGCAUUUGCAUGUAUUAGACUAAUAUUAAUGAUAUAUUCUGGUCUACAUGUCCUGGUGCUAUAUUUAUACCAGUCGCAGUUCUUCCAAGAUGUCUUGCCUCCUCAGCGUCUGAUUACUAGGUUAUUAGGUCUUGUUGGUAUUGUCUACACAGACUGCAACCACCCACAAGUAUUGCAUGUUAAACAGAAUAUAGACUGGCCACUUGUCUCUUGUCCAGGGGUGAUUCUUCUACUUUACUGGCUGCUGGCAACAGAGACAAGAAUCUACUUCACUACAACU